AAAAAAAGAAAAAAAAGAAAAGCAAAUGCCGAAGGGGGAAACUAAAAAGCAGAUGGGAGGAUGGCCAAGGUGCUUUGUUUUGCGUGACGGAAACUCAACGUAUAAAUGCGGCCACACAGAUAAAAAUUCACCACAAGAUCAUAAAGAAAUUAAUAAAAUCCCACAAAAACUUGAAGAAGACGCAGCAGAGCAGCAGCAGCCGAAGGAGAUGAGUGGUAGUAGCAGUAGUGGUAGAAGUAGUGAUGCUGCGAAGCUCAAGUCCUCAAGCUCCGAAUUGGACUUGGAUCGCCCAAAUAUCGAAGAUUAUCUCCCUUCCGGAGUCUCCAUCCAACAAGAACCCCACGGCAAGCUUCACCUGCGUGAUUUGCUUGAUAUUUCGCCUACCCUAACGGAGGCUGCUGGUGCCAUUGUCGAUGACUCGUUUACGCGAUGCUUCAAAUCGAAUCCUCCCGAGCCUUGGAACUGGAAUGUGUAUUUGUUUCCUUUAUGGUGUUUCGGAGUUGUGAUACGAUAUUUCGUUCUUUUCCCUUUGAGGGUUCUGGUGCUGGCGAUAGGAUGGAUAAUUUUCCUUUCGUCCUUCAUUCCGGUUCACUUUCUAUUGAAAGGCCAUGAUAAGUUAAGGAGGAAAUUAGAGAGGGUUUUGGUGGAGUUAAUGUGUAGCUUCUUUGUUGCAUCAUGGACUGGUGUUGUCAAAUACCAUGGACCAAGGCCUAGCAUGCGGCCUAAGCAGGUUUUUGUGGCUAAUCAUACUUCCAUGAUUGAUUUCAUCAUCUUAGAGCAGAUGACUGCAUUUGCUGUAAUUAUGCAGAAGCAUCCUGGAUGGGUUGGACUGUUGCAAAGCACUAUUUUGGAGAGUGUUGGCUGUAUCUGGUUUAAUCGUAAUGAGUCGAAGGAUCGUGAAGUUGUGGCAAAGAAAUUAAGGGAUCACGUGCUGGGGAAUGACAGUAAUCCUCUUCUUAUAUUUCCUGAAGGAACUUGUGUAAACAACCACUAUACUGUUAUGUUCAAAAAGGGUGCAUUUGAGCUCGGAUGCUCAGUUUGCCCGGUUGCUAUCAAGUACAAUAAAAUUUUUGUUGACGCUUUUUGGAACAGCCGGAAGCAGUCCUUCACAAUGCAUCUGCUGCAACUUAUGACAUCAUGGGCUGUUGUCUGUGAUGUAUGGUAUUUGGAACCCCAAAAUCUGAAGCCUGGUGAGACCCCCAUUGAGUUUGCAGAAAGGGUGAGGGACAUAAUAUCUGCUCGAGCAGGUCUUAAGAAGGUUCCUUGGGAUGGAUACCUGAAGCAUUCUCGCCCCAGUCCAAAGCACAGAGAGCGGAAGCAACAAAGCUUUGCUGAGUCAGUACUCUGGCACCUGGAGGAAAAGUGAUAUGAUCACUUUUUUUUUUUUUUUUUUUUUAAAUUAUGUUCCGAGUCUGGUUGUAUCUAUUGAAAUCCAGAGUUACCUUGUCGUUCAAGUA